AUGGUCCUCCGUGAUAGUACUGGUGGUAUUGUCUUCUCGGCGUGCAGGUACCUUUUGCACUGCGCGAGUCCUUUGCAAGCCGAGCUAGCGGCAUGUCUGAAAGGACUAAACUUUGCGAUGCAAUGGUCUACACUACCGAUCGAUGUUGAAAUGGAUUGCCAAGUUGAUGUGGACUCUAUUCAAGCACAGUCCAUGGAUAGAUCUGAGCACGUGAUGUUGGUGAAUGAGGUUAGGAAACUUCUUGGUGAAAGGGAUAACUCUAUUGCCCAUAUUAGUAGGAACCAAAAUGUCGUCAGUCAUAGGUUAGCUUCUUUUGGGCAUGUUGAAGCUCGUAUGGCAAUUUAUAUCAAGUCUGCCUCAAGCUGCGCUGCUUCGUCCGCACCUUUGUCGCAGAGAAGUUUCCUCUUCUUCCCUGGUGCCCUAGCUCGAGGUAGGGCUGCCGCCUUGCCGCGCCACUGCCGACCCCAGGAGCCCUCACCUGCGCCUCGCCGCCUCCGACUCCAACGCGGCAUCGCGUCGCCCCCGCCCGCGGCGAUCUUCUUCGACAUUGGUUCUCGAGGUGCAUCUGAAUAUAUUUGGUUCCCAUUUUCUUCGGUGCUGAAUAGAUUCAAGUUUCAUUCUCUUCAGCUGUCAGACAGAUAUAUGGACAUGAUGAUUAUCAUAAGACUGGCAGGCGUUACAAGCUCUCUCGAACUGAGGAUUCCAAAUAGUUAUCUUGAAUCUAUUAUUGGAUCUGAUGGUGCCAAUCUAGCGGAGAUCCGCCAGCCAGACCUCUGGUGCAAGAAUGAAGCUACUUGCAGCCCAUUCUGGCUGUCCGCCGGAAUACAUCAUAUGGAGAUUCAACGGUAUUGCCGGACCAAUUGAGAGAGGCACAAAGUCUCUGCAACCAGAACGGGCAGCCAUCACAGCCUUCUCGCGGCGUCCAUUGCCCAAGGUGGAACUACAUCCUAGUCUUGUGGUGGAGAACAACAGAGGAUGCAACUCCGGGAUGCAAGCGCUCUAUACUCGUUGUACAUGGAACCUGGAUGGUGGAAGUUGUUGUUACAUACAAUGCUGUUUAUGAACUUUGCAUCGCACAUCUUGCUGUUUUGCUGAUGGUCAGCACUCAGGAGACCAUAGUUUUCCAACUUAGAAUUCAGUUUGUAGCAAUAUGAGCAGGAAUUAAGUUACUAUUGAUAUUGGAUUUUACAUGAAACAACUUUUU